GGUGGUGUGGUUGUAGUCGUUGUGGUUGUGGUGGUUGUAGUAGUGGUGGUAGUUGUUGUGGUUGUUGUGGUGGUGGUAGUUGUUGUGGUUGUUGUUGUGGUAGUUGUUGUGGUGGUGGCUUCCCCUAUCGCCACGCCAUGGCCUUUCAGCCGCUGCAGCACGAAUACCUCGUGAUGCCUCCUGUCACCAGGGUUUACACCAGUGCCUGUGUCAUCACUACAGCUGCCGUGCAGCUGGAGAUCAUAACCCCAUUCCAGCUGUACUACAACCCAGACCUCAUAUUCAGGCACUUUCAGGUCUGGAGGUUGAUCACCAAUUUUCUUUUCUUUGGACCGGUGGGAUUCAACUUCCUCUUCAACAUGGUCUUCCUUUACCGCUACUGCCGGAUGUUGGAGGAGGGGUCGUUCCGUGGACGGACGGCCGACUUUGUCUUCAUGUUCCUGUUCGGCGGCCUGCUCAUGAGCCUGUGCGGCCUGUGUGUGAACCUCGUGUUCCUGGGCCAGGCGUUCACCAUCAUGCUGGUGUAUGUGUGGAGCCGACGGAACCCUUACGUGCGGAUGAACUUCUUCGGCCUUCUCAACUUCCAGGCGCCCUUCCUGCCGUGGGUGCUCAUGGGAUUCUCCCUCCUGCUGGGGAACUCCGUCAUUGUGGACCUGCUCGGUAUAGCGGUGGGUCACGUGUACUACUUCUUGGAGGACGUCUUCCCCACGCAGCCCGGAGGGACUCGCCUCCUCAAGACACCGCACCUCCUGCACCUGCUGUUUGACCCCCCUGAGGAGGAGCCGGACUACACCCCCCUACCGGAAGACGCGCCGGGGGGGUACCGCUGGGGCGGGGGGGGGGGCGGCGGCACAGCGCCCCCCCCCCGCAGGGGCGCCCAAUGGGGGAGGGCGGCCAGGCGACGGGGAGGAGAACGGCGGGGCCUAGGCCUCGCCUAGCGAGGCCUAGGCCCCGCUAGGCCUCGCCUAGCGGGGCUAAGGCCUCGCCUAGUGGGGCUAAAGGCCUCGCCUAGCUGGGCUAGGCCUCGCCUAGCGGGGCUAAGGCCUCACCUAGUGGAGCCUAGGCCUCGCCUAGCUGGGCCUAGGCCUCGCCUAGCGGGGCCAAGGCCUCGCCUAGCGGGGCCAAGGCCUCGCCUAGCGGGGUCAAGGCCUCGCCUAGCGGGGCCUAGGCCUCGCCUAGCGGGGUCAAGGCCUCGCCUAGCGGGGUCAAGGCCUCGCCUAGCGGGGUCAAGGCCUCGCCUAGCGGGGCUAGGCCUCGCCUAGCAGGGGCAUAGGCCCCACUAGGCCUCGCCUAGCGGGGCUAAGACCUCGCCUAGUGGGCCUAGGCCUUGCCUAGCGGGGCCUAGGCCUCGCCUAGCGGGGCCAAGGGGCCUCUCGCAGACACGGCGACAGACAGCGACAUCUUAACAUUGUCAACAACAACAACAUCACCGUCAACAACAUCUACAUUGUCAACAAUAUCAACAUUAACAACAUCGUCAACAACGACAACAACAUGAACACCAUCAGCAUUGACAACAACAUC